AUGGGGUCUUCAAACUCAGAAAGGAGAUGGAUCUUCCCUCUAGCUAUGGCUUCCCUCAUGUUCAUAUUCCUCACAGUUGUAUCUUUCAACAUGGGUCUCCUCUCUUCCGUGCGUUCCAUUAACUCACUCAUCUUCUCCUCUAAUCUACCAACCACAAACCAAACAACCAUCACAUUCGCUGAGUCAAAGAUCAAGCAACAUCCUCCUCCAGUACAGUCUACUCCUCCUCGCUUUGGUUAUCUAGUUUCAGGGUCACGAGGUGACUUAGAAAGUCUAUGGAGAGUGUUGAGAGCAUUGUACCAUCCAAGGAACCAAUACGUUGUUCAUCUCGAUCUUGAGUCUCCUGCUGAAGAGAGGCUUGAGUUAGCUAAACGUGUGAGGGAAGAUCCUGUUUUUAGCGACGUUGGGAAUGUUUACAUGAUCACAAAGGCUAAUCUCGUUACAUAUAGAGGACCAACUAUGGUGGCUAAUACGCUUCAUGCAUGUGCUAUUCUCUUGAAGCUGAGUAAAGAUUGGGAUUGGUUUAUAAAUCUCAGUGCCUCUGAUUAUCCUCUAGUGACUCAAGAUGAUCUUAUACAUACAUUCUCUGGACUGGACCGGAACCUCAACUUUAUAGACCACUCUAGCAAACUAGGCUGGAAAGAAGAAAAACGAGCAAAGCCUCUGAUCAUAGACCCGGGACUGUACUCGACAAAGAAGUCAGAUGUCUACUGGGUAACACCUCGUAGAACCAUGCCAACUGCAUUCAAACUAUUCACUGGAUCUGCUUGGAUGGUUUUAUCACGGUCCUUCAUAGAAUAUUGUAUUUGGGGAUGGGACAAUCUUCCACGGACUCUACUAAUGUAUUACUCCAACUUCCUCUCUACACCUGAAGGAUAUUUCCACACUGUGAUAUGCAACGCACCAGAGUAUUCAGACACGGUUGUUAACCACGACUUGCAUUACAUCUCGUGGGAUAAACCUCCAAAACAACAUCCUAGGACUCUCAACAUCAAUGACACGAAGAGGAUGAUUGCAAGUGGAGCUGCGUUUGCACGCAAGUUUAGACACAAUGAUCUUGCUCUAGACAAGAUUGAUAUUGAGCUGCUUGGUAGAGGUAACGGGAACUUCACACCUGGUGGUUGGUGUGCAGGCGAGAAGAAAUGCUCCAGGGUUGGUGAUCCGUCAAGGAUCAAACCGGGUCCUGGAGCGAACCGGUUAGGUGCGCUUGUUAGCAGACUUGUUUGGUCAUCUAAACUGACUCGGAGGCAAUGUAGAUAG